CAUCAUGCAUCGAAAACAAUCCCUCUUGAUUGCGGAAGCUCUUGGUAAGUUCAUUAAAGGUGUCAUAGAUCAACCUAUUCGCGCGAUCUGAAAAAACACAGAUUAAAAUAAAUAACGGUCGCACUGAAUGAAUCGUUUUCUUUGUAAUCGUCGAAAGAGAAAGACAGCGAAGUUAGGGCGCCGCAGGUAGCUGUUUUAUAUUUGUAUCGAUUUCAGUGGAUAUUCAGCUAAGCUACAGUUUCCUGUAAAUAUUCGGUGACACAACUGCACGAAAACUGUCGAGAUCACCCAAUAACCCUGACUGCCUAAAUUAACUCUAGACCUGUCUCGAUUCACCUAUUCGCAACACAUAAACCGAUAAGAAAGCUUUUCAUUCAAUUUUGCUUUUAAGGCAACUAUCUAUUUACAACUGACUUUAACAUGGUUUUGUCUAUUUCUAAGCGUUUCCCAAAGUAUCCGUUUUUUGAUCCUUAUGAAUGGAGGUUUCGACUUGUUGUGUCCUUUUCAGUUGCCAUGGAGUCCAUAACAUUGGACUGACAUAAACAAAUUGACUCUGGUCGACAAAGCGAACAAUAAAUCUCACCUAAAUUUUUCAAGAAUCUUACGGCAGCGAUGGAAAGAUAAUAUAGCAAUAUAUCUUGAUCACUUUUUUCUUUCUUUGUCUGAAAGUUUAGCAAGCAUCGAAGCCAGCUGUAAUAUAUAUUGAACUGCAUUUACUGUAAAAGUAAAUGGAAAACCUUUUGCUUUUCAAACUCGUCUCUUUUUUUUUCAUCUUGUCUGUAAAUAUAUCCAAGAGGACACCUGAACGAUAGUUUUACUCAAAACAAAUGUAAACAUCGUUUGCCAACCAUCUUUGCUGGUCUUUUAAUCAAAUUAGACAGACAGUUUAUCCCAGCAGUAUAAAACGCGUAUGAUAUAUAGCCUGGCUCAGUAGUGAGGUAUUUGUAGCUGUUACAAUUGUUGAGUAUCGAUGUGAGGAGACUCAGACUUUUCCUGCCUCAACUUGGUGCAAGCAAAUAUCGGUCGUGUUUCUUUGUUUUCACUUUGUUGCAAAAAUUAUGAAAAGCAGGCAAGAAAAGUAUAUUUCGUGCCGUUCAGCCUUUCCAAUAAAUAUUGUUCUUAAUGUCGCCACUGUUCUGUCCUGUUGCAGUUCUGGCGGUCUUCCUAGGAGAAGGAGCAUGUGAUUCAAGUAAGUUAUGCGUAAAAAUCAACUUCAGUAGUCUAGCUAAUUGACUAAGACUUUAUGAAGUAACUAGAUAAAGAAACUUUACGUUAAGGAGGUUCUAGUUAUGUUAGGUUUACAUCCUACAUGUUCACGCACUUUUCCCCCAUAAAAUAUACAUCAUAAAUACAUAAGGUCACGACAGCAAAUUCGUGUAAUAAUCCGGCUCCUUACACCACGUGAUCAUCUCGUCAAGAUUCCGCGAUUGUUUCGCCUUUAGAGAGUCUUAAGAGAAAUUUAACGCCAGCAAGUCUUCCAGUUCAAGGGUUGUUCAAAAGUUUUUUUUUUUACUAUGUGUUAGGACAGUUUCUUUCCUGAACGAGUCAAGUUGGCUGGUUGAAACCUGUAGGAGUAAAUAAAUGAAAAACACGCAAAACUUAGUAAGCAACGUCGGUGGGAAUAAUUUGUUGUUUCCACAUUUUUCUUUUGUAACAGUUUGUCCCAAUGGUAUAACAUACAUCACAGCAUCCAGUGGUAGGCUCAAAUAUCCCACGUCAGGUAAUUAUGGCGCGAAUGAAAUCAAGUGUUGGAAAAUUGAAGUCACUGACACAUAUCAAGGCAUCAGAUUUCAAUAUAACAGGUCAGUGUAAUUGCUCCGGCGAUUAUAGAGAUGCAAGCGCUCUGAUUGGUCGCAGAUUACGUCAUGUCUUGCUAUAAUCACCUCCCGCGAGGUGAUUGUAGCAGGAGCGCUUAAUUUCAAAAUGGCUACCACGCGUUUUUCAAUGUCGUAGAGGUAACUUCUCGAGGAUUAUUGAACAAUAUUCAUUUCGCCGUCGGCGAAUAAUUGCUGACUAGUUGACCCUCGAGAAAUUUCCAAAACAAACCGCCGAAAGAUUCUGGAAAGUACAUGGUGCUUUUUUCAUCAAAUACCGUAAGACACGGUUUGUCUUGAGGGUUAGAUUAUCGAGGCAAGAAGAAGAAAUGUACAUAUUUGGACUAAAAGCAAAUUUGGCAAACGAACCUUGGAACUCUUCAUGUGGUGCAUAUGCCCAAAAUAUUUCAUUUGUUUAAGCGUAUUUCACCUACAACUGACCGGCAACAAUGCCUUUAACACCUUUUUCCCAAAGAGUAACGAACGUUUCUCAGUGAAUUUAAUGCUUCAUCUGUUACCGUUUUCACUUUAGCGGCAUGACUCCACUCUGCACUGAAUAACCCCAACACAACCCCAAAUCCCGCGGUUUUCUCCGACUGUCGGAAGGCACUUUCAAAAUUCUCUAGAUCGUAAUUACUGUUAUUAGCAUUUACAGUUGGUAAACAACAUAGGCUUCUAUUUUAAUUUGGUCCCCCGUUGUUCCAUAAUUGUUCUCGUCUCAGUCCCUUCCUCGUCUUCCUCGUAACUUUAGGAUUCAUAUGAGGUGCUGUGUAUCUAUCGCUGGAUGAGAAGAGAGAGCGGAUUUUAACUGUUUGUGUCUUUUUUUGGUAGCUAUGACAUAGAAUCAUGCAAGGAUUGUGAAUGCGACAGUCUUAAAGUAAGUAACACCUACAAUGAUUUAGACCAGCAACUUGGUAAAACUUGUGGACGAAGCAGUUACAACUAUUUGUACGAGUAUCUCGGCCAUUGGAGUGAUGGGAAUUUUCAAAGAGUUCAAGGAUCGAUUGCCUACAUUCGUUUCGUGUCGGAUGAUACUGAACAUUACAAAGGAUUCAGUCUCGCCUUUACUGCUCUCUCAGACUCAGGUAAGGGGUAAAUGAACAAACCAAAUCGAAGUAUGUGGCUUCUAAUGAUGUCCUGAGGUGGACUCGGCGGCCUACCUUUUCCUAAGAUGUCCUCAGCCAGCCCAUGGUGAAAGCGAAUUGUCCCUGAAUGCGCUAUUCAAGACUAGGCGACAAACCCGCCUUAUUAACUAGAACGAGACUGUCUCUUUAUGACGAGGUUCGAUGCCAGAUAUAUGAGACAAUAACUCACAAUUCGAGGCUCAUCUCUGUGGAUUCUUGAUAUCUACCACGGCAAAUUGGCAGUGGCGUCCAACUUUAAUAAUAAUAAAGAGGCGCGGAAAUGCUUGAGAAUUUUUUAGAGAUAAUGUUCAACUGUAUAGCUUUAAUUAUUCUCAACUAAGUCAUCAUAAUCAGUUUAGUGCCUUACGGUUCUUCAGGUUUUAAUAUAAACAAUCCUUAUUUGUUUAGUUUUACUUAAUGGACACACGAACCCACAAGCAAGAAGCAAGUUUUUUGUUUCGUAUUUAAGAUUCUAUCUAUCUGUCUAUUUAUUUACUGCAAAACAAGACCAAAACAAAAGGAACCAACCAUAAAAGUAAUGUGCAGAAAAAGCAUAAGAAAAAAGAGCUUUUUUUUGGUUUUUAAGCAGCAAAAAUAAAACUUUGUUUACUUUACAGGGGGUGUCAAAAACUAUCUCAAUGCACCCGAAGACGAAACCAUUACAUUUGACACACAAAAGUUUGGCAGCCAGAACUACCCAACAAAUAGCGAAGAGGAGUGGUAUUUAAUUGUUCCCGUGGGAAGGCAAGUCCAGAUAGACUUCGACACGUUUGAUCUGGAGGAUAGUAAAGACUGCAGAAAUGAUUAUGUUGAGCUCCGUGAAGCAAUUUCUGAGGAUAGUGAUGGCGAAUUUUUCGAAGGUGACACCGGUCCAAUACUGACCAAACGACUGUGUGGAAAAACCAAGCCAGGUUCAAUAAAGAGUAAAGGAAGUAUUGUCUGGGUUAAUUUCAAAAGUGACAGCAACUCUACCACUGUUUACAAGGGAUUCAAAGCUUCAUUUAAAGCAGGUUUGUAU